AGUGUUUACAUGUACUAGAAGCGAUCGGAGAAGAAAAUUAUAUUAAGUGUGUACAUGUACUAGAAGCGAUCGGAGAAGCAUUACACUGUAGUGAGAUACAUAUAACUGAUGUGAGUUAUUUUACGUAAAUUAUAUUAAGUGUUUACAUGUACUAGAAGCGAUCGGAGAAGCAUUACAUUGUGAUUGAUAUUGCGAAAUUUAUAUUUCUAAAAUGCCAUUGGAAUUUGUGGUAUCUAACAAAGGAAAAAAAAAAUUAGUGUAUGAUGGCUACCUCUACACAAACCAUAAAGAAAAUAAAAACUCAAUAACAUGGUGUUGUUGUGAAUAUAAAUCCAAAAUACAGUGUCACAAGAUAAUACAUACGGAUUCUGAUAAACCUGAUGGAAAUGUAAUUGGAGAAAUUCCUAUUCACAAACAUGCUGGUGAUGCCGUCAAAAUUAAAAUGUGUCAUGUUAUUAAAAAAAUAAAGCAAAGGGCUAGAAAAUCCGAAGACAAGCCAGUUAAAUUGAUUUCUAAUCAAUUAAAGAAUGUUGAUUCGCCAGUAAUAGCACGUAUGCCAUCAAUGAAUACUAUUUCGCGUACUGUCCAACGUUGUAGAAGACAAAAUAACCCUGAUAUUGCCAAUCCAAUGACACGUGCAGACAUCGUAUUAUCUAAUGUAUUAUGUACAACACACAAUGAAGAGCAAUUUUUACUUCAUGAUAGUGGUGGAGGUGAUAAAAGAUAUUUAAUGUUUGGAACUAAAAAAAAUCUACAAUUUCUUGCAUCGUGUGAAGAAUGGUUCUCUGAUGGAACAUUUAAGACGGUUCCCACUCUAUUUAAUCAAUUGUACACCAUUCAUGGAAUGAAAAAUGGUAAAACAUUGCCAUUGGUAUAUAUAUUAACGCCUCGGAAAAGUAAGUCAAUUUAUAUGCAAUUCCUGACAGUAUUGAAAAAUAAACUUGAGGAUGUUAGAGCUACGCGAAUGAUGGUCGAUUUCGAAAGAUCGUACAUUAAUGCAUUCACUGAGUGUUUUCCAAAUAUUGAUAUUGCUGGUUGUUAUUUUCAUAUGACACAAUGCGUUUGGAGAAAAAUUCAACAUUACGGUUUACAAAAAAAUUAUAAUACUGAUAUAAAAUUUGCUCGUAAUGUUCGAAUGUUAUUUUCAUUGGUAUUUGUACCUGUCAAUGAUGUUAUUGAUGCUUAUGAAGAACUGGUUGCUUCAGAUUACUACGAUUUACAUAGUGAGGAAUUGAACGAUUUGGUUGAGUACUUCGAGAAGACGUGGAUUGGUAAAAAGAAUCGCAUAGGUAAGCGUAGUGAACCAUUAUUUGCAAUAAAAAUGUGGAAUUGCUACAUUGCUGUGAUUGAAGAUUUUGCUCGUACGAAUAACGUUUGUGAAGGCUGGCACAAUGGAUUUAAUGGUCGCAUUCAGAUGUGUCAUGCAAAGAUUGACAAAUUCAUAAUGGGUCUGAAGUCGGAGCAGACUAUUACUGAUGUAACAAUGACGCAAAUAAAUACUGGAUUGGAUGUGAAUCGUAAAACUCGCGCAACAUAUCGUGAUUAUAACUUAAGAUUAAAAGCAAUUGUAUUAAAUUAUGAUUCAACUAAAAAAAUGGAAUUUUUACGUAACGUUAGUUCAUUGAUAAUUAUAAAUUAAUAAUUUCAUUAGAAAGAUUAUAUUCAAUUA